AUGGCUUUAUUAAAAGAAAGUAUCAAUAAAGUGUUGUCCGAUGAUUUGAAUGUCAACGAAGCGGCGAAUCAACGUCCUGAAUUUGAAGAACCAAUUUUGGAUGAAGCAUCAACUAAAUCUAACAUAAUGACCACGGCGGAAGGUUUAGUUAGAGAAUUGACGAGAGGACUAAUCAACGAAAAUGGCUCAGAAUAUAGAAAAAAGAAGGGAGUUAAAGGUAGUAGUGACGAAGGAGAGAGAGAUUUAGAUAAUAUUGAAAAUAUUGAAAAACAAAAAAAAGAAUAA